UGCUCCUAUCAGUGAAAGACUAUACGGCGGCUUGCGUGUAGUCCUCGGCAGGCCGUUGUGGGACGCAGGUUGGAGAAGGAGAAUGGCUAAGACAAGCUGGACGAACUUUUUCCUUUCGGUCUUCGAUUACAAAACGGAAAAAUAUAUUAUCGCAAAAAACAAGAAAGUCGGCGUACUGUUCAGGGUUUUCCAGGUGUCUGUUCUUGCAUACAUUAUCGGGUGGGUCUUCCUGACAAAGAAAGGAUAUCAGGAAAGAGAUGAUGCAAUUCAGAGUUCCGUGAUUACUAAACUGAAAGGGGUUGUUCUCACCAACACAACAGACAGUGGACUCCAUUUGUGGGGUCCAGAGGAUUAUGUUAUUCCUCCACAGGGCGAGAGAGUAUUCUUCAUAAUAACAAAUUUCAUAGAGACACCAAACCAGAGGCUUGGCCACUGCGCAGAGAGCAUCAAGGUGCCUGAUGGUCACUGUCGGGUGAAUGAGGACUGUGCUGAAGGGGAGGCGGUAAUAUCUGGACAUGGGAUAAAGAGUGGGCGUUGUCUGAAUUCUACAGGUACCUGUGAGAUAUAUGGCUGGUGUCCCAUUGAAAAAGUACAUAAACCACGGGAAGCAAUUUUACGAAAAGCUGAAAACUUCACAGUCUACAUAAAGAACUUCAUCAGGUUUCCUAAAUUUCAAUUUUCAAAAUCAAAUGUCCUGGAAACAAACAAUGACAUGUAUUUAAAAAAGUGCCUGUAUAAUCAGACCCAGCACCCUUACUGCCCCAUAUUCCGCCUUGGAGACCUUACCAGAUGGGCUGGCCACAGUUUUCAAGACAUGGCUUUGAUGGGCGGGUCAAUUGGAAUUCUGAUACAAUGGAACUGUGACCUGGACAAGGACUACUCAAAAUGCAAUCCCCGCUACGGUUUCACUCGGCUGGACGUGAAAUCAAACAGUUCCAUCACUUCUGGGUAUAACUUCAGAUAUACUCGUUAUUACAAAGAUGCUGCAGGGCAGACGUACCGAACCCUGUUUAAAGUGUAUGGAAUUCGCAUCGACAUCAUGGUGACUGGGGAGGCUGGGAAGUUCAGUGUAAUCCCCACCAUAGUAAAUAUUGGGUCAGGGCUUGCUUUAAUGGGUGCCGGAGUGUUCCUCUGUGACAUGGUGCUGCUGUACAUGAUGAAGAAGAGCACGCUCUACCGAGAGAGCAAAUUUGAAACUACCAAGUAUGAAUCUGUCAGAUGGAAAAAUAAGGGCGAGGAACUGAACACUGCGUUAGAUGACGGAACACCCAGCAGACAGGAUAUGUGGCGAGGAAAAUUCAUCGAGCUGUCACCGAACAAUUCAGAAGUGAAAAGCUAAGGCAGGCUUUGCCAGCACUGUCAGUGAGCAAGGCUGGUGUCUGAGGCGGGGAGUGAGGUGCUAGCUGCUGAAUUCAGUUCGAGUUCCUCCUGCCUUCCCCAUCAGCACUCGGAACACGGACCAGGACAAGAAGAAACAGGGCCCUGGACAUCUCUGCUGACAGUCUGUAGUCACACACCACGGCUCCCUGUGGUUCAACUGGGGCAAAAGACACUGCGUUGCGUGGCUGGAAAACGUGUCGCCAAAGAGAACAACACCAUUCCUGUUUAUUUCCUUGUUGCUGUUUUAUGAAUGACAUGCAGGGUGCAUUUUGACCUUUGUCAUCAAGUUUGUUGUGGCCAUUUGCUGAGACUUUUCUCUGCUGAUGGUGAGCGACGGACCAUAAUCUUUCAACAUGAAGUCAAUAAGUAUCAGAAGACAUACUGACAGGUGUCUGAAAAUCUUAAAAGGCAUACUAUUAGCCUGAAAAUAUAAAAAUAACCAUGCUAAGGCAUAUCUAUGAUGCACUGGCAAUCUCUUGUCUUUAUGCAUUUUAGCCAAAUUCAUGCAUCUUUACCUGUAUUUAUUAUUCUAAAAUGGGUUGCUGGGCAUGACACUCUUCUCUGUGGGGAGGAGUUUGCGUGGCUACAGAGCCUGUGGUUUGGGAUUACAUUUUGUGUUUGCUGCUAGCUAUCUACAGUAGCUACCGGAAAAACCCAGAUAAAAAUGCAAAAAAAAGAAAAAGCCGACAGGGCUCGUUCAAGAGCUAGUUAACCUAGGAGUUGCUUUUCCUCAGUGGUGUCAGCUGAAGUUCACCAAGGAAAUGAAAAGCGAUGCAGAGUUGGCUUGUUUGCUGCUGGACCUGUAAGUAAUGUCACCUGCAGUGUGAAGCUAAUGACGAUAUGGGCUUUCGCGAGGGCCUGAAAUUUUCGAAAUGAAAAUCCCAACAAUAAAACCACUAUUACGUUCAACAUAAUGGAA